ACUCCCUUCCUUUCUGUGGUGCAACAAAUAAAAAGUUAGAGAGAGAAAAACUCUCCUAACUCAUCAUAUGUUUGUGUGUGUGUGGAAUCAAUAUAUAGUCCCAAAAAAUGAAAGAUAAAACUUAAAAGCAUCAAUUUUUUUUCUUUCUUAGUCUUGCCCAUAUAGUAAGACCAAAUGGGUUUACUAAAAUUUUCAAUCUUUGGCUUUUUCUUCCAUCUUUAUAAAACUUCAUAAUCAUAAAGAUCGUUUCUUUAUAUUUAUUUUUUCAGAGUGAAUCUCGUGAGUUUUGGGUGUAAAAAAAAAAGUGUUUUUUUUUUCUUCUUUCAAUCUUGCACCGAUGAGGAUCCGUAAAAGACAGGCUAUUUUCUCUUCUUCUGAGUCAAUUUCAUCUUUGCAUCUCUCAGAUCCCCACCAGUUUAACCGGUCACCGGUCAUGGUGCAACUCGGUGAAGCUACUCAUGUUGUUUCACCUGCUUCUACCUUGGAUCGUUUUCAGCCGUCUGAUCAAACACUCCCACUGAUUGGGAAACUAAACAACGGCCAUGAUUAUCUCUCCGGCAUCGAAGAAACUGAGGUACACAAACCCAACAACAAGCAAGAACAAGAUCCUUUGGAUGAUGAUAAAGUUAGAGAGCAAGGCAAAGAGAGUGGAAACUUUGGAGAUAACAAAAGUAAUCAUAUCAGCAAAGGAGAUAUCUUGGUUGUUUCUCAAGUCUUACCAUCAUCAUCAAGUACUUUUGUUCAAGAUGGGAGAUGGUGUGAGGGAGAGAAAGCUAUUCCUUUAAAGAAAAGGAAAGGAGGGUUAGAGAAUGUUGGGAUGGAGAGUAAUGAUGAUACCGGUAAGAAGAUGAAGACGAAGAUGAAGACGAAGAUGAAUAAGAAUUGUUCUGUUGGUAAAGAUGAUGAAGAUGAAGAAAGCGAAACGAAAGUGAAUAAUAUUAAGAAGAGGGCGACGAAAAGGGGAAGUGCAUUGAUGGAAGGUUCGAGGUGCAGUCGUGUUAACGGAAGAGGAUGGCGGUGUUGUCAACAAACACUAGUUGGUUAUUCACUUUGUGAGCAUCAUUUAGGGAAAGGAAGGUUGAGAAGUAUGACUAGUGUUAGAAGUAGAUCUAAUCUUGGAUUUUCUACUAAUGUUGCACCAAAUAAUGUUCUUGAUCAUAGUGCUUCUAAUUCAAAUCUUGAAAAGAAAAUCAUUGAUGUUGAUGAGUUGGACAAUGAUGAGGAGAAGAAACCGGUUGUGAUGAUUGCAAAGAAGAGAAUGAAGCUUGGAAUGGUUAAAGCUCGAUCCAUGAGCAGCUUAUUGGGACAGACAGACAACAAGGUUGCUUUAGUUGAUGAGAAUAACAAGUAAGACUGAAAAAUUACAAGAUUAUUAUUAUUAUUAUUACUUGUAUUUGAUGUUAAUUUAAAGAUAUUUUAGUGCUAUAAUUUGUAUUAUUUUGGUGCUAGUACUAUAUAUUAUGUCCUAUGCAUUCAACUAUAAGCUUGUGUUUUAUUUUGGUACGUUGUUAUGUGAUGUAAUAUAUAAAUUAUGAUUUUCUUAAUAUGAAUUAUUAUGCUAUUUUGGCAAAA